AUUGGGACACUUUGGUCAAUCCCCGUGAAGGCAAUCCUUUUUUUUCAGAUUAAUGUUGAAUUGAAGAAACAGUAUGAAGACUAUCGCCUCUGUAUAAAGCGACGAGAAAGCCUCUUGUCUGAAGCAAACUAUGUCCAGGUAGUACUCUCGAUAAAGGACAGUGUAUCACCUGAGAAUGCGAUCGAAAUAGAAUCAACAUACAAACCGUCGGCAGGCUCGAUCGGCAGAGCUUUCAUAGCAGCCUUUGACUUUUUCAAGGAGAAGAUUCUCCGUUCUACCAAUAAGAUUCGAGAUGUGAACAAGUGGAAGUAUGAUUGGCAACGGGCCAUUAUGGGCCAAGAUUGGCGGUUACUUACAAAAAUGCAUGAAACUGUAUCGUACUGGGAUUUCCGAUUUAGGUUCCUUGCUCGAGAUAAUGCCAGAAUUCGUGUCGGUGAUCGGUACGAGCUCCGGAUUACAAAUGUCGACCGCAACAUCACCGGAUACUAUCGUUGUGUAAAUAAGCAUGGGAGGAAUCGUGUGGUUUCAGCAAUGUACUAUCUAGAUGUCAUCAGUAGGGCGAAUAUCAAGAUGGUGAGGAAGUUCCUAAAGGUGGAAUUAAGACAGCUAGUUACCUACAGCAAGCGCCUAUCGGUUUUCCAAUUAACCUUUUUUGUUCAGGUAUCGCCAUGGAGUGAAUGUAGCAAAUGCGGUGAGGAAAUCGGUGAACAGGCAAGAAGAAUUCAAUGCAUGAUUGAGGUACGUAGUGUACUACCUUCGUGCAGUACCGGCCUUGCUGGGUACGCGAUUCUUUUUCCACAGAUCAAUUGUUUUCCUAGUAUCCUCCCAUUGAACUUGGCGUUUUUCUUAAAGAGAGCUUGCACUACACAAGUGGCAGUCGACCGUAAUCUGACAUCAGUUGAUGAGCUUGGCGAAACCAGGGUGUUGGACUACAUACCAAAAGGAGAAUUUCUUUUUGGUGAAAUUCUACCUCGCCUUCUUGCACCGGUGGUUCGACGGAAUUAUCUGGUAAGGCUUUUAUUCCAAACAACCAAAUCUAUUUUUCGUUGUUGGUGGCUAUUAAUCCUGCUCGGAGGACCGGGUUCAAACUUUUUGUGCAAACUUCAGGGUCGCUUUCUGUUUGACGAGUUUUCUCGCCUUUACAUAACGAAGCUCGAAAUGGAAGAUUCUGACGAAUAUUUUUGUUACACUUCUGAGAAGGUACUUAUGGGUGUACAUUAUUUACGAGUAUUGGAAAACGACCGUACUCGUGAGUACGUAGCAAAUAUCGAGAUGUUUUUCCGUUUUGCUGCAUUCACUUUCAUUUUUGUACUUAUGAUUGGACAAGUGAUGAAGUAA